AUGCGGAUAGAAAAAGAUCAUGGGAUUACUCGCAAGAUUCUGGAGCAGCAUUUUGGCAUGACUCCUAAAGAUGCUGCCAAAAAUCUAAGUGUAUGCAUAGAUUCACUGAAAUCCCGUUUGUGGACUUCAUUUAUUGCAGUUAGUCAAGCAACACUGAAACGAAUAUGUAGAGAACAUGAAAUCGCUAGAUGGCCAAAUCACAAGACUAGAAAGGUUAAUGUCCAUGUUAGCCAAGGCAUAUCUUUUCAAGGUGCUGAACCAUAUGUGGGCGAUCAACAAUGUCCUGCUCUUUCCCAAGAAAAAGGCAGCGAAUAUUUGGGUAACAAAAGAUCUCCUGCAACAGGAGUAUCUCGUGAUGGUGUGAUGACUUUAAAGGUUACAUAUGGAGGUGAUAUGAUAAAAUUUCUACUCCCCCUUUCAUCAACGAGGGUAGAAUUGGAGGGGGAAGUGGAAAAGAGGCUUAAGAUAUCACUUCCAAGGUUCUCAAUCAAGUAUCAAGAUGAAGAUGACGAUUGGAUUUUGAUAACUACUGAUUCAGAUUUGAGGGAUAGGAUGCAUUCACUAAGAUCGUUGGGAAGGACUACUAUGAGAUUACUGGUUACCCCAGGAGCUGACACAUGAAAGAGUUUCCGCAAGUUUUGUUAUGGUAUCUUCAUUGCAGAAAUGUCAUCUUUUGGUGACAUGGUGUUUGUCUCUUCCCUGCUGUGUUGUUACAUGUCUUUGUGCUCAGUGAUUAAAUGGGAAUUUGUCAAAUUACGAAAGAUGCCUAUAUAUAGAAGAGGAAAAUAAUCAUAGGACUUAUGAUAUGAGUUCUGUCAUUUUCUUUUGAUUAUCUAUUUUGUAUUUUCUGUUUGUUGUUUGAUUACAUGAACAGCCUGUUUGUAAGUUGCUUUGAUGAUCAAUACAAAGCUUAAUUUGUUA